AUGUUUGCCCGCAAGUUCCUAUCCUUCACGCUUCUCAUGGCCGCCGCCCUGGCUAACGAAACCGUCACUCUCUUCCUGCCGGAAUUUCAAGGGAUAUCCCUGGUCGGACGAGUUAUAGAAACUAAUGGUCCCCUGACUACGUAUGUGAUUAACUGCGAUGUCAGACCCAAGAACCGGGAGUUUUACGUCAUUGGCGAGUGUGAGGGCUCGGCCACUGGGUUUACUGUGACCCAUGGCCCAUCUACCUUCCGUGCGGUAUUCGAUUACCCUGAGUUUACAAUGGCGGAAGAGUGCGCCAUCAGCGCGUCCACAUCACUAUCUUACCUACUCUCAAUAGACUACGGAUCUUCGACGGAGGUGGAGAGCGGGGUCACUGUCGGCCCAGCUGAUGACUUUUACCAAGCUUUGGUUAUCACCGGCAGGGAAGCGGCUACUACGCCUGCCACCGUAAAGGCCUCCCCCACUGGUGUUAUCGCCACGGCGACUGGGUCGUCGGUGAAGGCCUCAGCUGCUAGCGCUGCCGGUCUACUUGAUGAAAAGGCGAAAAAAGAGAGCCAGGCUUGGGCGUCCUCGUCAACCAGCACCAGCCAGAGUACAAACGCAGGUUUGGCAAAGGCUACGGGAAAUAUAAAGUGGGCUAUUGGGGGUGGUGCGGCCGCUAUGGCUGUUAUUGGCUUGGCUUGA